AUGGGCCCAGGAAAUGAAUGUGCGAGAAAUUACUUUGACCCGACUUUGACGGAGAAGACGGACCCAAGGCGGAGCAGCGGCGCAUCCGGGGUCAACAGCAAAGAUGAGCUUGAAUUAACAACAUUAAAUGGGCAAAAGAGGGCUGUGGCUUUGUAUGAAGAUGAAGACACCUUCAUUGACAUACCCGGUACAGUGGUCGCCUCCAGGGAUGGGGAGGUGUUGGAGGUGAAGGCGGGUAAUCCAGUGCUGCUCCACCGUGGUGGUGGUAGUGGUAGUGGUGCCUCAGGCGUCGAGCCCUCCCAGGCCAGCACCACUGCCAAAACACAAGCUGGGCCCAUUACUGGGCGUGGAGGGGAUGGAGUGAGGGGCAUAAGGAGCAGAGAAAGCACCGUAAAAAUAAAGCCAACCGAGGAGGUAGUCCCCCGCCAUGCUUUGCUGCUGAGGGAGCGUGAGCGACCUGACAUGAUCACGCUUGGCAGCCUUUCACUGCAGCAGCAAGAUGCUGAGAAGACACGGCGGGAUUGGAGUCAGUGGGCAAAGAUGAAGAGGAGAAUGAUGGCGGUCUUCAGUGGGAAUGUCGUAGCCCCUCAUCCGCAGAGCCGUGACACACCAAGAGAAGCAGCCCGCCACAGACACAAUACACUUCCCCACUGUCCAUCGCACAGAGUGCUGGGGGAAGGCCAGGAAGCGAUCUCCAAAUAUGGACAGAUGACAGAACUCCCAGAAUCCUCUUCGUCGGUGUCCCAAUCUCUUUGGCAGGUGCAUCACACUACAACGACCACCCCCCAGCCUGUGCAUGUGUGUGUGCGCUGUUUAAGGGCCACCAGAGACAAGCUUCCAAGAGGCCUCUACAGCAUCAGUGUGGCCCUUCACAGCCGUCUUGGAGGCCCAGCUCUAGCCUGGAAUAACGAAUGGAUGGUAUCCACCGACCCGGUUGAACACCAAGGCCACCUCUACGACAUUGACCUGCACUUCAACCAGAAUGUGGUCAUGAUCAUGCCUCCAACCUGCGAGCUUCUCCCCUCCAUGGUACUCGUCUUCCAACUGAUUGCAGCACCUGGGCAGAGCAGCUACAUGAAGUCGGUUCUGGCUUGGGGAGCAUUUCCGGUUUGUGGACCGAGACUUGGCCUGGUCCAAGGCAGCUACAAAACUCCACUGCUGAGAGGGGAGCCCAACAGCCAAGUGAACCAGUUUCGGAAAAUUGAAGCCCUCAUGUCCUCUGAUCUCGAUCACUGGCUGUGCAACAUGUACUUUCAGAUAAAGGCACACCCACCAGGAGCAUCCAGGGUACCAGAGUGCCCCGUCCCCCUGCAGUCGCCACCUUUAAAUACGUCUGUCAUGCUCCAACCUGUGGUCAGGCACAGCCAACCCCAAUCCAAACCUGAUCCACAAUCCCAGUUGAAUCCGCUCCAUGGCGGCGCCAGAAGCGGAGCAGGAGAACCCGCCUCCAUUCACUCUCCCCAGGGCUCUCCCUUUCACCUGUCAGCUGAUUCCACUUGUUCUUCAUCAUCUCUGCCAGGGAAGGAUUCUUCUCCACGAGCCAUUUGUGGCAACGCCGGAACAAAGGGUCAUCCUCGCAGGGAGAAAGAGGAGCUUGGGCCUCACUGCAAGAAGAAGCCAAUCAAGAAGACAAAUAGCCGCGGUCCCAGCGUGAGCGGCAGCAGCAGAAGCAGCGGCGGCGGCGGCAAACACACGAUGCACAAACUCUCUGUGGAGGAGAUGGAGGAGUACACCUUCUCCCUGCAAUCUCCACAGAGUGGACCGAGUCCCUCUCAGCUGUCCGAUCCCACCCACUUGGCCCUCCGCAUGCUGCCGUCCGAGCUGGGCCUACCGUUUCCCCGGCAACAACAACAUCAACAACAAAUGCGCGGUAGAUGUACGGGCUCCGUUUGGCAGCUCGGCCUCAUUAUGCUGCUGCUGGCUUUGAUGUGGUUUGUGAGGCUCUACCUGCAUUACUGCAGCCAGUGGCUCUACCUGCAGGCCAUAGCAGUUCCUGUCAACAAAUUCCAGUUCCACGCACACACGGUGGACCUCGUGUACCAGAGUUCUUUGCUCCACACCCGCGAGGAGCUGGCGAUGGUGGUGGUGGGUCCCCUGACCUUGAACGCACUAACGUUCCUGCUGGUUCUGAUCAGAUGGGGCUGUCAACAGAUAUUUGGCUCACUCCCUUCCUUCACGUCAAAGUUUAUCAUGGCUCAGGGAGUGUGGACAGUCCUGCACCCCCUGGCAGUCCUUGCAGUGGACGCCGUCCUCGGGCGUCUCACCUACAGCCCAGACAGACCAGUCGGCGACGCCGCCAAACUUUUCUGGCACUUCCGAAGAGUGGACCAAUCGGGUGCAGCCGGAGUGAUUAUCACCGUCUUCCUUUACGGUGUCAUUUUCCUUCUGUCCGUCACCAUCGUCUGCAUUUACCUGCUCAGAUUUCACAACGACGGCCGCAUGCUGGACGUCUACCAGAGGCUCACAGCCAAGGAGGGGACUUACUUCCUACCUCAGGACUUGGAGCUGUCCAAUCAGGAGCUCAGCUACAUCGUCAAGAAGGCGGAGCAAUGGAGGGGCUUUAAUGGAGAGAGACGCAAGGUGGCGGUGUAUGACUACAUCUGGACAGCAGAGGACCCACUAGCUGGGUCCGCCACGCCCAUAGAUGACCCACAAAGGGAGCAAGGGUCGUCACCCCUGCCAGAGGGAGAGACCAGCACCCACCUGGCCGUUUAUACGCUCUACCUAAGCGGUCUCAAGCAACGACACCGUCAUUUCCUGCGACAACCAGAUGGGGCCAUUAUUGAGGUGAUUGGCGACCUGGACGGGUUAGACAACGCAUCCAAAAUGCAGCACAACCCGGCUGAAAUGACGAACCAGGACGGCGCCGGCAUCAACCACCAGCUAAGAAAGCGAAAGAAGCUCUUCGGACGGUGCCCUCGUGUUGAGCCAGUAGGAGGAAGCAGGUGUGACUCUGGUUUAGCACAAGACCUAAACCAAUGAGAAUCGAGCACAGGACUAAGAGGAUGCAUGGAGGUGAGUCAGGCCCCUGCACACACCUCCGUGGCCACCCUCGCCAAAACGCUUCUGUCAGCAGCACUCUCUCGCUACGUAAACACCUGACAGCUUCCCCCUUGCAACGUGUGCAACAGAGCCACAACACGCAAGUCACACCACAGAUGCUUGAAACAAAGACCCGGGAAGGAACGAACGACCUCGGCGCAGGAGCUUUUUGAGCUGAUGCCGCCUGACACGGUCACAACAUUGUGCCUUCAUCGCCGCUACAUCGGGCACCAGGCGGGGGUCGUACCUGCUUCCUGUUUGAAGGCUGCGUGGAAAGCGGCUGUGACGAGCACCUGGUCGGUGUCAGCAGAAGUCAGCAUGAGGAUUGGAGAAGCGGGGAAGCCUCAGGAAGCCCUCAUAGUCAUUGUUUUCCAAUACUGUUGAAAUAUACCGGAUAUAGUCAGUAUUCAGCCUGUAUAAAAGUAUCAUUUACUGCCUGAAAAAUACUUGGGAACACACCUGAGUAAAGAAUAUUUAGUGUGAGCACCAUUGUUAUCUAGCAGUACCUUAAUCCUCUUGGGUGUGGAUAUUAAAGUAUAAUUUACUGCCUGAAACAUUACUGUUUAAUACUUGGGAACACACCUGAGUCAAGAAUAAUUAGUGUGAGCACCAUUGUUAUCUAGCAGUACCUUAAUCAUCUUGGGUGUGGAUAUUAAAGUAUCAUUUACUACCUGAAACAUGACUGUUUAAUACUUGGGAACACACCUGAGUCAAGAAUAUUUAGCGUGAGCUCAUUGUUAUCUAGCAGUACC